ACGGCGCAGGCACAGCAGGAAGGUGCCUGCCGGGAAAAGCCGCACCCGGCUGCGGGAACCGAAAGCGAUAGCGGGGAGAGGAGCGGUGGGGCGGCCAUGGACGGGCAGCGCCCGUGCUCCUUCCCGCUGCUGGUGCGAGGGGACUGGGGCCCCGCCGAGCCGCCGCCCGCGCUCAGGAAAAAGCUGCUCUGCUACUUCCAGAGUCAGAAGCGCUCGGGCGGCGGCGAGUGCGAGCUGCGGACCGGGACCGGGACCGGGACCGGGACCGGGACCGGGACCGGGACCGGGCACAUCCUCGUCUGCUUUGCCUCCCCCGAGGUCAAGCAACGAGUUCUUGAGAGAUUGUCUCAUCAGUUGCAUUUGGAAGGAGAAGGAGAAUUGAAGUUGAUUGUCACAGAGCCUGAAACAGCACUAGCUACUAAAGAGGAGACAUUUGAAGAAAAAUCAGUUCCCACAAAGGCUUUGGAUGCCAUAAGCAGCCUUCAAACAAAAGAUGAUACAAAAGCCUUGAAGAAAGCAGAGAGUUUCGCUCCAAACAGUCAACUCCAGGAGAAGGUUGACUCUGCAGAGGCCUCACCUUCAGUGGUAUUUGAGAACACAGAGAGAUGCAGUCCUAACUGCUUACAGAUGCUGUUGGAGAACAUCAGUGGCCUGACUGUAGAUGCUGACUUUAGUGUUGAACUGAUACCUGAAAUAAAUGCUGCUGUAACUACCUUUAUAAAAAGUAUUGAUACUAAAAAAUUUGUCGAAAAAUGUUCACAACACAAGCGAGUCAGAGAAUUCAAAAUGACUGCCAGGCUUCUUGAAUUGACACGGACCAUCAAGGCUGAAAACCUGCCAAAGCACAUUUCCACAGACUACCUCACAGUGUACUUUGAGAGCGCACGCAACGGAGGGGGCCCCGUGUCGGAUGUGCAGCUCUUGCCCGAGGAGGACUCAGCCCUCAUUACUUUCUGUGACCACAAAGAUCUAACCACGGUCUUGGAAAAGCAACAUUUACUGGAUCAGACGCUGAUUUCUGUGCAUCCAUAUUACCACUCCCUGGGAACAGCUCUCUAUGGAGAAGAAAGACCAGCUGUCAAGAUGCCAGACCCCAUUGGGAUGCCACUAGACCCGUAUGUAUGGCAGUUUUUACAAAGGCAUGCCAAUCUGACCCAAGACAUAAACCAGGAAAUGGCAGUUUGCCAUUCUGAGCUCCAAUGGCCCCAAGCAGACUGUGCAAACCCAGAAGUUACACUGUGCCCAUCACUAUCUCUCUGCAAGCAGAAAAAGCCAAUGAUUAAGUUUCUUAAGACAUGGCAGCAAGAUGCUUCCACUGAGUUCUCGCGUAUCAUGGCACGUUACACAGCUAUAAAAUGUGAAGUCAAUUCAUCAGGUUGGGAAGAUGUGAAAAACAGAUUGUCAAAAGAUGUUGCUCUGAUCAUAACUGAUAUUUCUGAGAAGAUGGUGGUGAUUGCAGGCAACAGAGCAGCAGUGGACAAUGCAGAGAAAGAAGUGAGGGAGUGCAUGAAGCAAAGUGAAAGGAAAAAACAGAGCAUAGAAAUUUCUGUGUCAGUGAUCCCAGGGAAGUAUGCUGUGCUGCACAAUGCUGGCUUAGAAGAGAAUAUUCAGAAGGAAUAUCCAUGCCUAAAGCUCUUCUAUGAUGACAAAAAAAAGGCUGUUCAAUUGUGUGGAUUACCUGCAGAAGUAUAUAAAAUCAAAGCUGACUUACUGGAAAAGGUAUUGAGUAUGCCAUGUACAUCAGUUACCAUUCAUCCCCAUAUUUUCCACUAUCUACGGUGUGUAGAUAAUAAAAAAACUUCAGAUAUGUUAUUCAUUAGGGAAAAAAUUAAUACUUUUUAUGAACUUCAGGAUAAUACUGUGUUGCUAUAUGGAAACACUCCCAAAGAUCUUCUAGAAGCAGAAAAGCAAAUAAAAACAGCUUUAGAAUACAAGUGCAUCAGUGUGGAGGAUGGUGAAGUCAUUAAAAAGGAUCAGUGGAAGAACCUUCCUCUCUCCUUGCUCAAGACCUAUAAUUCUUCCCAGGAAAUUGUCAUUACUUGGCAGUCUGUUGGAAAAGAAAAUGAAAUUAUUAUUGCUGGCUUUUCUAAGGCUGUAACAGAGGUUUAUCAGAGACUUAAUGAUUUUUUAGAUAGAAACACACUCAUUGAAAAAGUGAUCCCAGCUAAUUCAGGGCUGGUAGUGCAGUUUGUAGAGAAUAAGAAGUCUGGUGUUUGUGAAGAAUUGAAGAAGAAAGGUGUGACAGUACAUUUUGACAGCAAGAUACCAUGUAUUUCCCUUAGGGGCCCAAGGUCAGAAGUGCCAAAAGCAUUCAUCAUGUUUGAAAAAUUUAUCUCAUCUCUUUACUCAAAAAAUGUGCCAAUUGAUAAACCAGGGGCAAAGGAGUUCUUCACUGAGAGGAAAGAUUUAUGUGUUUUAGAAGCAAAGCAGAAAUUUAGCUGUUUCAUUAGGAUUAAGGAAGAAAAAGAAGAAGAACAGAAGGGUGGAAGAGCUGGUGAUGAAGUGGAAAGAAAGGUCUACUAUGAAAGAAACCUGCCAGGUGGAAUUGUGGUAGGAGUGUAUAAAGGUAACUUGUGUGACUACCCUGUUGAUGUUGUGGUGAAUGCAUCUAAUGAAGACCUAAAACACAUUGGUGGCCUUGCUGCUGCCCUGUCAAGAGCAGCUGGCCCAGCACUGCAGGAGGAGUGUGAUGAGCUGGUGAGAAGGAACGGGAAUUUGCAGCCCGGCUGCGCGGUGAUCACACGUGCUGGGAAACUGCCCUGCAAGAACGUCAUCCACGCCGUGGGGCCCAGGUGGAACCAGAAGGAAUCACAAAGGUGUAUGUGGGUGUUAAAAAAGACAGUGAAAAAAUGUCUACAGCUGGCUGAAAUAUACAAUCAUUGUUCCAUAGCUCUGCCUGCUAUAAGUGGAGGGAUUGCUGGCUUUCCAGCACAGAUAUGGGCAGAUUCAGUUGUAUCCUCCAUCAAGGAGACCUUGGAAGAAUUAAAGGAGGACAGCAGCUUGAAGGAGGUCCAUCUUGUGAGUAAUUCAGAAGAAAUCAUUCAGGUUCUGAGUGAGACAGUAAGAAAAGUAUUUUCAGCUGAAUCAUUCUCUACAAAAUGCCUGAUGCUGAAGAAGAGCCAGAAGGAGAAUAGAAAAGGGGUUUUGAAGAUGGUUACAACAAAUGAAAGACUUUGCAUACGAGUGGAGAAGAAAAAUAUUCAGGAAGCUAUGACAGAUGUUGUCGUCAACAGUGUUGGCACAGAUCUGAAGUUUGGUGUGGGGCCUCUUUGCAAAGCCUUGCUGGAAAGAGCUGGACCAGCUCUCCAAGAUGAGUUUGACAACAAAAAACAAAAUCAGUUUGCUGGUCCUGGGAGUGUCCUCUGCACCAGUGGAUGUGCUAUGACCUGCAAACACAUCUUUCAUGUCAUACUACCCAACUGGGUUAGAGGACAGACAGAGAAGGUCCUAGAAAAUGUAAUCAGUUUCUGCUUGAAGAAAACUGAAGAACUUGGACUGAAAUCAAUCACUUUCCCAGCUAUUGGAACUGGAGGAUUUGGAUUUCCUAAAACCACUGUUUCUAAGUUAAUGUUUGAUGUGGUAUUUAGGUUCAGUAGUAGUCACCCUCGGGUGAAUCUCCAGGAAGUUAUAUUUCUCUUGAAUCCACCAGAUAUUGAGAACAUUCAGGCUUUUACGACUGAACUAGAACUUAGGGCAGAUGAAAGUUGCAAUGCCGCAGCAGCACAGCCAAGUUUCAUUAGGCCUGUUUCUGAUGAACAAUUAGGAGUGCAUGAAAUGAAGAUUGGUUCCAUCACACUCCAAAUAGUUAGUGGAGAUAUCACCAAGGAAAAUACAGAGGUUAUUGUAAACAUAUCAAAUCCAUCAUUUGAUGCCAAAGCAGGGGUCUUCAAAGCAAUUAUGGAUGCUGCUGGUUCCCAGGUAGCACACGAAUGUGCUCAAUAUGCCGGGCAGUAUCAAAAUGGCUUUAUUACUACAUGUGGUGGGAACCUGCUGUGCAGUAAAAUCAUCCAUUUGAUUACUGAUAAUCAGGUGAAGAGUCAGGUCUCCAAAGUGCUUCACGAGUGUGAACGAAGGAUGUACAAAUCUGUUGCCUUCCCAGCUAUUGGAACAGGUCAAGCAGGACAGAGUUCAGCCAAAGUAGCUGAUGAAAUGUUGGAUGCUGUAGUGGAAUUUGCAAGACAAAAAUCAGUACAGCAUUUACAGACAGUUAAGAUCGUGAUCUUCCAGACAAAUAUGCUCACAGACUUUUAUGAAAGCAUGAAGAAAAGAGAAGAUUCAGAUUCAUCUACAACAGAAUCAUGCUCAUCUAUGUUUAAACCCUGUGUUGGGAGCAGAAAACAAUCUUCUGAGAAGAAAAAGUUCAUGAUUUUGGAGAAGAAAGUUGAUUUAGUAACAUUUCAAAUUUGUGGAAAAAGCCAAGAAAAGGUGGAUGCAACUGAGUCCUGGUUAAAGGAUUUAAUUUUAAAGGAACAGUUUGAAAAGAUUAUUUCAGAUGAGGCAAUUGAAAGUUUUGAUGAGACACAAUUUGCCAUUUUGGAAGAUCUCCAGAGAAGAAAACAAGUCACCAUUCAGCUUUUAAAUAAGCGUACUCCCUCUCAAAUUAAAAUUUCUGGUAUUAGCAGAGAUGUCUGUUCCGUUUCUCUAGAAGUUCAAGAAAUGGUCCAGCAAAUUAAGUCUACUGAAGAAGAGCAAUCCAAGGCAGAACUUUAUCAUGAAGUGGUAGAAUGGAGGUAUCCAGGAAGCAACGGUAGCUUUGUUGCUUUUGAUAAACUGACAAAUAUGCAGCUGGAGUGUGCCAAGAGGGCUGAAAAACAACAUCUGAAUGUCCAAAUUAAAAAGAAAAACUACAGGGUGGAUCUGAAUACUCUAAAGGCUACUAAUGACCAAGGAAAAACUAUAAACCUUCAACGUGUGAUAAAGAAUGAAGAUUCACAGUCAAUAGAGCUCCCUAAGGAGUGGACAGACAUGCAAAAUGAAGAGGUCAAAGUGGUGAAGCUCGAGCCGUCACAUCCUGAAUAUACAACAGUUGAGAAGAUGUUUAACAAAACAUGUGCCAACUUUACCAUAAAGAAGAUUGAAAGAAUACAAAAUCGCAUCCUCUGGCAGACAUACCAAUUAAAAAAAAAUUUCAUCUGUAAAAAGAAUAAAAGUCAAAAUAAUGAGAAGAUGCUGUUUCAUGGGACAGCCCCAUCCUCACUGAGGUUGAUUAACUCCUAUGGAUUUAAUCGUGGAUAUGCUGGAAAGAAUGCUGCAGCCUUUGGAAUUGGAACCUACUUUGCUCUUGAAGCACGUUACUCUGCUCAGAAUAUUUAUUCCAUUCCAGAUGUGAAUGGCAAAAAACACAUGUACCUGGCUCGGGUCCUAACUGGGCUGUACUGUGCUGGGAGAGUAGGACUAAGGACUCCACCACCAAAGAGCCACACAGAUCCUUCUGACCUGUAUGACAGCGUGGUUGAUGAUGAGAAUUUUCCAACAGUGUUUGUCAUAUUUAAUGACAUUCAUGCAUAUCCACAAUACCUUAUUACUUUCGAAUAAUCUUAAUAGUCUAGAAAAUUUUUGUGCCUUUUACAUGUAAGAAUUUACAGGGCAAUUUUUUAUUCUUUUUACAUCUAGGUUUAUUCUUUAUGGAUCUACCCAUGUGUUGAACUAUGUCUUCAAAUUUUCAACAGAAGGACUAACAAAAGCAAAUAUUUUAGAGCAUGCUAUUUCAGUACUCACAUUUCAAGUUCUGUCAUACAGAGAUGCAGGCAAAAACUGUGAGAACAGCUCUGACUUCUUCCUAUGCAAGGCAGAGGGAAGUGAGUGGUGGGAGACAAAGCUGCUCUGCCUUACCUGGUCAGCAGUAAGAGGUGUGGGGUAGGUCAGAGCACCUCUGCAUGUCCCUGUUUCCAGUAGUCACUAUAAAGCACCUUAUUGUGAGGAUUUAUUUAAAAUGUUCUGCGCUGAGGGAAUCUGGAAGGUCUCUUCCAAUUAAAGCAGUGCUGUGGUUCUAAUAACCUCACCCGCCAGCAGAGUUUUUAGAGUUUUUAGGGGAUCCUUAGGUAUCCACUCAGCCUUGUUGGUGCUAAAACUCUGAAAGAAAAAUAAUUCCAAUAUGAACAUGUACUUUGAAUUUAUUGUUUCAGCCUCCUUACCUAUAUCUCUGUUACCCUGGCAUACUUCAGUUAUUCCUUAGGUCUAAAUUACUGUAUUCAUACCCAUUUCUUAGGGGAAUUCUCUAUAGUCCCCCUCUGUUACUUCCAGCUUCCACAAAGUCAUUGCUUUUGCAACUUUCAAGACUGUAAAGAGGGACUUUUAGUUUUUUUCUUUUCAAUACUGAAGCAUUAACCCUUUUGUAGAGUCACCAAUUUACAGAGUCAGCUGUAGAGGCAUAACUCAUGCUUAAACAAUUCCGAUUGCUGAAUUUUUCUGAUGGCUGAAAAUUUUUAAAGUUCUCUAAAAGAUGUAAAUAACGGCAUUUUUACAUCUUUGCCAGCGGUACUUUUAAUCACAUCUUAAAAUGUGUAUUCAUCUUAAAACUGCCAAUCAAAAGCCAUAUAUAUAUGUUUUUAUUAAAAGUAAUUUCAAAUAGUACGUGUUGCUGAGCUGCAACAGCAACACACUUCACUUAGAAGUGUUGCUUCUCAUUUUAAUGUAACAGUAAUGCAAUAAAGACU